CACGCGUGUGCUGCUGCCUGCGUUGCAGUAUAGGGAGUACGUAUACUUAGAAAAUUUGAAGCUUCUCUAAAAUUGCACGUAAAAUCUCCACAUCAACCAGAAUCCGGCUGCAACCGAAACCAGUUGAUUCCGAACCGAAAAGAAACCGGAUAACUCAUUCGCCGGCUGCACUUGUACUUGCCGGUUGGUGCGCGCUCCUAAAUCUCGCAGGCACCGGAAAGCAUUUUCCCAGCGUUGCUUAUGAUUGCUGUAGGCGUUGGAAUGAAGAAGUUCUAGGAAAGAAAAAGCAAAGGGAAAAAAAUAUCCGAGGAGAAAAUUUCGCUCGAUCCCCAGAUUUUUAUCGAUUUGUUUUGACCCUGAAACUCUUGGCUGUCUUUUUGGCGAGAGAGAUGGCGAUUUAUUUGGGAUUCCUGGUGUGAUUUGCGCGGGUAGUGUAAAUUUCGGAAUGGAGUUAGCGAAAAGAUAUCCGAAAUCUUAGAGACUAUAUUCAAGCCGUAAAUGAAGCAGUUUUGUUGAGUUGAACGUGAAAAAAGCAAACUUAAAAAUAGAAAGAUGUUGACGUCAUCAUGGCUGAGAGUCUGAGCCUGGACUCAGACCAGGGUCUCAUCAUGACAACUAGUACUGAAGACGAUGACGGGAGCAAGUCAGCACCGUCGCCAUCCAUCGCUUCAACCAAUCAAGGUCCAGUGACGGAUUAUUUCGAAAAAUCUCGGAAACGCAAAAGGUUGAGUGCCGUAGUAGAUAAACUAACCACACAGGUGGAACGCCGAAGUGUCGAUUCUACUUCAUCAGAGGACGGGCACUCGAGCAGCAGUCCCAGUGAAAACGUCUUCUCUCCAAAUCAAGAUAAAACUUUUGAUCACGAUGUGGUGGCGCCUCGAUCCAAGAUGAGACCUCCACCUCAAAAGCAACUUUCGAUUGAUUCGGAGAUGAGCCAUUGCGUACAGGUGAAAUUGGAUUUGCUUGAUUCAUCUGAAGAAAGACGGGGACCCACUUCUCUGCCCCCUCCGUGUGGGGAAUCCUCCCCUUUGCUGUCACCCCCAGAGGGAGGUGGGGGCACAACGACCUUCGGCGAAUGUUCCCCCCAAAAGAAAGUUCCGUUCAAAUCGCACACAAAGGGCGGCAGGUCCCCAUCAGGUAUCUUUGCCCCUUCAGUAGGGGGUACUGAAACACCCCCAAAAGAGGAAAGCGUCGACGAAGAAGACGAUGCCUUCAGUUCGCCCCAGGGCAACAGGCUGGCAAGUCGCACUGCUCCUCUGCAAUUUCUGUUCCCAUCGCAUCCUCCGCAUCCUCUCUUACUCCCGCAUCACACUCCCGUUGUCAUGGGCAACGGGUCCUCAGCGGGAAACACUGCCCUCUCACAUCACCUAGGCUCAACCCUACCCAGCUUCCCCAUCUGUGACUGUCACCACUGUAGGAAUCUUGCUGGACAACCUCCUCCCCCAUUUCCGAUCGUUUGGGAAGACCUAGUCGCUGAUAACCAGAGAGCUUUCCUUCACAAAGUGAUGUCAUCUGGUGGACCUUUGACCCCAGUGUCUCCGAUCACACCACCCUUCGGUGCACUGCUACAUUCUAAAAUACUGCCGGACUUGCUGUACCGCAGGAGGAGUCACUCUGAUUCAGAUUUGCAGCAAUGGCUUGCAGAAUCUGGCGUUGGUGAUAUUUCCAGCCAUCCUCACCUAGGUGUGCAUCCAGCAAUGCCGCCACCUGCUCCGAAGGACGCUUCUCCGAUGGACACUUACAAUGUGCCGGUGCGGAAUGGCAAACCCACACCGUUGCACAUACCCCAGAAAGGAGGCAGUUUGGAAUCGGACCAGAGUUCAACACCUCAAGAUUCACCAUUGGACCUGUCAGUGAAAUCAAAUACUCCAGCCAGUUCGGAUUCUACUUCUUCAUCUUCAACUACUUGCUUUCCACUCUCUCCUUUGACCCGGGACUUCUCUAGCGAAUCUCAAGGUAGUCCGAGGGGAUCAUCUGGGGGUAGUCCUUUUGAUGCACGGACAACACCAACUAUUCUACCCAAAGUGGAAAGUGGCACGACCACACCACGUAACGUAAGUCCUGUUGUGGAAGUUGUAGCUCCUGGUUCAGAUGUUGCUUAUGUGUGCCCCAUAUGUGGACAGAUGUUUUCCCUUCAUGAUCGACUGGCCAAGCACAUGGCUAGUAGGCACAGAAGUCGGCAACAAGCCGACACGACGACCACUGGAUCGUCCAAGAGUUAUAUGUGUGAUGUGUGCAAACGGUCUUUCGCUCGAUCGGACAUGCUAACGCGUCACAUGCGACUGCACACUGGCAUCAAGCCUUACACGUGUCGUGUUUGCGGGCAAGUGUUCAGUCGAUCGGACCAUUUAAGUACUCACCAGAGAACACAUACAGGAGAGAAACCCUACAAGUGCCCUCAGUGUCCGUACGCCGCCUGCCGAAGGGACAUGAUCACGCGUCACAUGCGGACGCACGCGCGGUAUGAGCUACCCGAUAGCAGUUCGGGUUACGAAGACGUGUCCGCUUCAAUGCUGCCGACUUCUUCGUCACCCCCUCGACUGAAGGGAAGCCCUCCUCCCUUGAUACCAAUGGAAGAAGGAGCAGUGCAUCCAUUAUCAGGUUCGCCUGUUCACAAAUUUAGUGCCUUGCGUCGCAGUCCGUUAGAAGCCGGACUGGGACCUACGUCCGGGAAAGAAAGAACAGAAAAGAGCGUUCGAAUAGAAUGAACGAUGCUGGAUCAUCUCAGAGACAAAUGCUGAUUUUUGUUGUUCUCGUUUUCCCAUGAAGAUAGAAGAAAUGUUAUUUUCAUAAGGUCACAGAAAUUUUCGAUGCGCAUGUGCAGAGAAAUUUUUAAAUGUUAUCAUAUAGUGAUAUAUAUUGUUAAAUAAGAGAUAUUUAUUUGAAAAGAAGAAAUCGCACAGAAAGUAUGUUUGUGACAUGAAUAUGAAACGAUGUGAUUUUUUAAUCCUACACUGCAUGAUUCUAUAAAUUUUAUGUAAAUAUAUGAAUGAAAGACAUUUCUUUAAAAAUUAAAUUUGACUCUAUUUUUAAAAAUUAUAAAUAGCUAAAAUAACUGCUAAAUUAAAUUUCUUCUGAAAAAAGAACUUUAAUUUGUGAUUGAUUAAUUCCAAUCUAAAUGCUGACUAAUACUCUUCAGUAACUAUUUUGACGUUCUUCUACGAUGCUUUCCAACUAAAACAUAUCCAGCACGGGAUAAGUAGCUCAGUUCCAAAUAAUUUCUGCAUCAUUUUGCAGUAUUUACAAAGAGAAUGAAACUUAAGAAGAUAUUCUCCUCUAGUAUUCCAAAUUAUAUCAUUGUCCCGUUUUGAAGCCUUUCAGAUAUAUUAGACUGUACUUCGUUAUUUCGACCCGUUGUCAAUUUACAAGGUUGAUGGAUAUUUGAGACAAAAGUAUCUUUUGUCUUCUUACUAUUAGACUUUCGCGACCUUGAGUACUCUAAAAAACAUUUCGCUUGGAGAAAUCUGGUGCAUCCCCUGAUGCACCAGAUUUGAUUUUUAAUCUUAUAAAUGGCCAUUUCUAUGGUGGUUGAGCUUCAGUAAGUCUAAAUAACCCAUUCAUUUUAUGUUAUAAUAAUUGGAAAAGUCUUUCCAAAGCAAUUUUUAAAAAAUAUGACGAACUAUGAUUAGCCAUUUAAUUGUUAAAUGAAUAAUUUUAGUUAAUUUAACUAUUACAUUAUUCAGUUUUUUUUUUUAAAUGGUUGUCAUACAAAUAUGUAGAGUCAUUCAGUGUAGGGUUAACCAUCUCAAAUUAUUUAAAAAUCGUAUAUUGAUUUCAUGUACAGUGGCGUGUGUGCUUAAUGUCAAAGUGUAGGGUUGAAAAUAUUGUUAAAUUUUCAUUUCAUCUUGAGUACAUGAUUCUGCUAUGUUGCCAAUUUUGCGACAGUUUUGCCAAUUGUUAGAUCAAUUGUAUUAGAUCUAAUACCAUAUUUGUCAAAUUGUCGCUUGAAAAAAAAUGGGGGGGGGGACGUAGCAUGUUCUCAAGUCUAACCAGAUUUUCUUAUUUAAAAUUUAUUUGUGUUUUUGCUAACAUAGUUAGCAAUCAUUAAUUUGUAAUGGAUUUUAGCAGAUAACUUGUGUUAUAGAUUUGUGUGAAAAAACUUUUUCAUUUUGCUAAUGCGUUUGUAUAUAUAAAUGUAAUGUGAGGUGUUCUGCAAAAUGAAAAUGUGUUUUCCUGUAUUCUAAUUAUUGUAUUGACUGUUCCCUUUUAUAGAUUAUUAUUAAAUUAAAAAAAAACUAUAAAAAGACAGAGAAUUUAGGCUCUUCAUCUAUUUUGGAAUGAUAGAAUUGUUUAAUUUGUUAACAGGGAAGUUGAAAUAUAUAAAGAGUUGGUCGACAAUUAAUUCCUCUUUUAACAGGUUAACGAGUUGUGAAGAUAUUCUAGUUUUGGUAGUUGUUCAUACAGAUCAUAAGAUUUGGAAACUGGUUGUCUUCUAUACAGAUGACCCGGAUAAAAGUUGCAAAUGUUUAUAAUAUAGUAAAAAUUACACAUAUAAAUAUAUGUAUAUGAUUGUUGUGCUUAGCAUUAAUGUUGUUCGAAUUUAUUGUAACCCAGAGAUCAUACUUUUAAAGCUGUUUAAGAGAACCGCACAUAAAAUGUGACUUAGCUUUUUUCCCCCAACCUAUUUACACGCUGACUGAAAAAUAAAGUAUUUUAAUCUUUUUAAAAACUAGAGAUUUUAUUUUAAAAUAACAUGAAAAUAGUUGCUUCAUAGAAGGAUAUUGAUUAAUUUUAAACAGAUAAUAUUUUAAUACUAAUCAAAUUUGGACACAGAUAUAAUUUAGGCAGAAAAUAUUUGUUAAUUUUUCAAACUUUUUUUUUUUUUUCAUUUGAUAUGCAAUUCAUUUGCAUUAAUUAGUUCGCAUUUAAUUGAUAUUGUAGUCGGCAGAUGGCAGCCUGCGCCUGUAAUCUGAAAGUCACGUGAUCUCGAUGCGAUCACGUGAUCUUCUAAUUUGCCGCUAUUAUUUCACUAAACACGAGGUCGAGGAAUAUUUGAUUUUAUUUAAGUUUCUUUUUUCGUUUUUGUCUGGACAAUCCGAUGUUCGUAUCGCAUGCUUGCCGUCGAAUGAGAUCAUUAUAUUUUUGUGCCAAAUCAGAAAUUUCCCUGUUGCCAACUUCUGCACUACUUAUAACAUACUACUUUUUUAAAAAUGAUGGGGUUAUAUUUUGACAUUGUUGAAGCAAUAGUUAUUCGUUGUGCCACGUGAUAAAAUGUGAAUAUAUAUAUAUUAUAAAUAUAUAUACAGAAAUAUAUAAUUAAACAUGUCUGUAUAUAAAAUAGCUAGCUUUGCACUUUGUUGUAAUAUGCCCUGAUGUUUGCUCAAACUAUUGCACAAAAAACUUUUUAAAAAUUACAAAAUAACCUAUUUUAAUCGUUUGGUAUUGUGUGCUAUUUGUAUGUACCCUGAAAAAAAAAAAAGAUUUUUUAUUCUUCUUGUGUUUAAAAACUUAUAUAAAUUUAAUAACUAAAAUUGAUGUUACUUUUGCAAUAUAAUCAAUCGCCAAUUCUUGGUUAAUAUUUUAUUAAAUUUGGUUUCUGCUCUUAAACAAGCAAUUUGAUUUUCCCGCAUUAAAUUUGCCGACGUCUUAUAAAUAAUAGCUGUGAUAUAUGAUAAUCUACGAUUUGGAUGGGACUCAUAUUUAUUUGGGCUCAGGUUUGGUGGCGUAUUCAGUGCCAUGGUUUUUCUGUAAAUAUAUUUGUAUAUAUACAUUUUUAUUAUUGCUCAAUCGUACAAGAGUGUGAUAUGGUUUCCAAGUUGUAAAUAGUUAUGGUUGUAGUUACCAGAACACGAUGUGUACAAAUUGCUUGCACGCAUCUGUAUAUCCUUUAUAUUAUUCUGAGCGUUUAUUUUUUUGUAAUUUAAAGUGCUCAUGGUGUUUACCUAAAGGUUGAUAUAAUAUAUUUUGCACUGAAUAUAAAUUAUGUCAAAUAGCUUGCAAUAAAGAAAAAAUUGUUAAAACCAGUAAAAAUUCUACUGCUGAAUUGUUCGAUAUGUUAGAAACCUUCCCAUUGAUUGCAGUGUGUUUUAUCAUGUCCCUUUUUGCAUUUUGAAUACAUGUAAUUGAAAUGCAAUCUUAUGAAAAACAGAAAAUUCGAGAACACGUUACUGUGUUGUCGGCAAUUUAGUGACUCUUUCGCCAAUCGUGAUGAUGGUUGCCAUCAUAAGUCAUGGUUCUAAUACCACAUUUGGCGAUUUAUCUCUUUUUAAAAACAUUCAUGUUCCACUAGAACAUCGUGUUCUCGAUUUUUUUUUAAACUUAAAAACUACCUAUUGUUUUAACGACUGAAAGGAAUUUGAAGAAAGAAAAUCUGAUUUCAGAUUUUAAAUAUAUACUAGAAGUGUCAUAUUUACAUAAGCUAUCUUUUAUAUAAUUGGAAAUUUUCAAAUUGCUUUGAUAUUUUAAAGAAUAUUAUAGCAUAAAGUAGGCUUGGAUAUGCUUGUUUUAAAUUGAAAGAACUUUGUUAUCAGAUAUUUUAUUGUUGCAAAUUUUUGAUGCCAAAUUUUUACAAAUUGAUUGUUAAAUGUUUACUAUGUUUGAGAUUUCAUCAAUUCAUUCCUUUUCUUUUUGUUUUACGAAUUAUUUCUAAAAUCCUGAAUCAUUAAUUUAUGCAUUAUAUUAAUCUCAGCAUAUGUGCCAUAACAUUUGUCAUCUUCAUUUUCAUUUAUCUUUCCACAGAGCAAACAUAAAAGGCAGCCUUUCAUAUUAUUUUUUUCUCUCCUUUAGAUCUUUUUUUAAAUUCUGCUUUGAAAGAAUUUCUCAUUUUGAGAUAUGUUGCAAAAUGUAAAAUAAUAGCAGUUAAAUCAGCUUUGUAAAAAUACAGAAUCUGAUCUAGAUUAAAAAAAAUAUUUUAAUAUUUGAAAUUCCAAAACUGAACACUAAAGCUGCAUUGCAUGUUCAGAAUUCAGUAUGAUAUAUAUAACCUCAACCGCAAUGGAAUUGCCUCAUUCUGUCUGAGCGCUGGGAUUUGAUUAAUACACGUGAUCGCGGGAAAACAGGUAAAUGAGAUUAGAAUCUAAGCAUCAUCACCAACCACGAAUAGGUAGUAGGAAUUUAGUAGAAAUUACAUCCUGUUAUUUGAGUGGAUAUAACUCGAUUCCAGUACUUAGCUAUAUCUACCAGGGAAGAGAGAACCUGCUUACUUAUAUGGAUGCUUCUAUUUCACGUGGUGCCAUCUGUUGAGACUUAUGAUUAAUAUAAAUGGGAAUAGAAAAAAUAUAAUUGAAAAUUAAUUUUAAAAAACGCACAACUUAAGAUCUUGUCAUAUUUUAUACAUAAGGCUGACAAAUCGCAGUGACAGUGAUGCAGUCAUGCGUUCUUUUUGUAAAUCGAUCAAAAUUGCAUUCUUUUCAACAGUAUUAUUUGCCCAGUUUUAAAUGUAUGUUGUUAUAUUCAUAAUGAAUUAAGUGGUGCCACUACUUUACGUUGAUGAGAAAUUUGAAUAUUAUUGAGGAUGAGGAAUAUGGACAUCAUUAAAGAUGAAGAAUGUGAAUGUUAUUGAGGAAUAUGUAUAUGGAUGAGAAAUAUGUUAACGAAUUAGCGAAACAAACUCAUCAACGUACGUCAAGAAAUUUAAUAAAAUGAAAACAUACUUUUUUUAAAAAUCAUGAUGCAGCUUUAGUACAUCUGUUAGAUUGUUAAUAAUAAGAAUAACAGUUGCUAUAUUUGUUUUCUUUUGAAAGAAAUUAACGCUUGUUUGAUGUUUUUAUUCUGCAGAAACUUAUUUUAUUAAGGCAGUGUAACAUGUCCAGCAUAAUGAUUCAUCCCUAUAUUUUUUCAUAUGAAUUGUGAACAACCCAAACUUUUAUGACAUUGACUACUUAAUUGUGUAUGUAUGUGCUAUACGUUUACUUUUCGUUUUAUUUGUUGAUGCUCUCAUAUAUUUAAAACAGAAACCUUGUG